CAAAUUCCCCAGACCAAACCAUUCCCUUCCAUCCGCAUCCACCACUCCACCAGAUCGCCGGCCAUGGCUCCAAUCCGACGCGCCGCGCCGCGCCCGGACUUCGCCUCCCACCCCUCCGACCUCGAGCUCAUCAACACCUACCUCAUCCCCUGGGUCAACACCGGCGAGCGCCCCUGGAACUUCAUCCACGACGCCGACGUCUACGCCGCCAAGCCCCAGGACCUCGCCCGCAACUUCGCGCCCGCCACCGCCAGCGACGGCCUCGAGGGCUGGUACUUCUUCUCCACCCUGCGCUCCAAGAACCGCCGCGGCCAGCGCAAGUCCCGCACCGUGGGGUCCGAGGGGGACGACGGCUGCUGGCACUCGGAGCGCGCCGCCAAGGCCCUCUACGCCGGCAUCAGCCACACCCGCCAGAUCGGGUACCGCCAGACCUUCUCCUUCGCCACCAAGGGCGACGGCCGCCUCCUCCGCUCCGGAUGGCUCAUGGCCGAGAUCGGCCUCAACUCGGACGGCUCGGAGGACGACGAGCUUGUCCUCUGCAAGGUCUAUCGGAGCCCGCGCGUCAAGAGAUCUACGGCGGCGGUGGAAGCUACCGCUGGACCACCCAGGGUUGGAAGGGGAAAAGCAGCAGCAAGUCCCGACCACUCUGCCCCCUGUUCUCAACAGGCUGGACCCCCCGCGCAUCUGCCUUCCGCUUCCACUUCCGGCACGCUGUCCAUGGAGUCCGACUCCGAGCAGGACUCGACCAGCCAAGGCGGCGGCGUAAUCGCUACGUCGCCGUCUGCCACUCCGCCCCGAAGGCCAAGCCCCCCACGUCUCAUCGCGCCGAAACCCCCCUCCGAGCCUCUUCGGGCUACGCAGCAGAUCCCUUCGUCGCCCAUUCGUCGCACAUCUGCCGCCGUGGCGGCGCCGCCGCCGCGCCCGGACUUCGCAUGCCACCCUUCGGACCAAGCGCUCGUGCAGUCCUACCUCAUCCCGCGCAUCGCCUCCGGCCUGCACCCGUGCAAGUUCACCCACGACGCCGACGUCUACGCCGCGGGCCCCGACGCGCUCACCAGCGAGCUCCCCCCGGCCAUCUCAGGCGACGGCGAGAAGGCCUGGUACAUCUUCACCACGCUGCCGGCCAAGAGCACCCACGGCCAGCGGCGGCCGCGCACGGUGGCCACCGGGGAGGGGUGCUGGCACUCGGAGGCCGGCGUCAAGCCUGUCGUCGACGGUGACCACCACCAGAUUGGAUGGCGCCAGUUCUUCUCCUUCAUGACCAAGGACGCUGCUGGCCGGAGUACCCGCACCGGGUGGAUCAUGGUGGAGAUCGGCCUCGAGCAGGAGGGCUUGACGGACGAGCUCGUCUUGUGCAAGGUGUACCGGAGCCCGCGUAAAGGGCCAGCGCCCACUGCCCUGCUGGAAUCCACCGCCUCGGCGGCGGCAUCUGGACGCAGCAAGAGGAGAGCCGACGACAACAACUCUGGCGCAGCGCUCACGCUGGGGACAGCUCCCGGCCGUGCCAAGGAAUCUACGGCGACGACACCUCCCUCUGGACGCAAGAGGAAAACCACCGGCGACUCGAGCCCCGGCGCAAGGGGUCCAGCGCGCGGAGUCCUCAAGCUCACGACGCCCCCGACGUCUGGGCGCAAGAAGCAGCAGGGCGACAAGAAGAAGGCGCGACUGUGCACUCGCUGUCGGAUCGAGACAGCCGAGUCGGACAGCGGGACGUCCGAAGACGACGAUACGGAGGAUGACGAGACCCGCGGAGGAUCGGGGACGGGCCUUCUUGAGCACGACUCGAUUACCGACGAGUCUGCCGCGCCCCAUGGACACGAAGCCGGUGAUUCUUCAGCAAGUGCUAGAACAUUCUACCGCUUCGUCUAGAUUAGUUGAGUCGCCAGUUCAAGAUUUGACACAGAAGAGAUGAUCCAAGAUCGAGUUCCACAUCACCAGUAUCGACCACCAGGGCAAUUUGCUCUUCGUUCGUGUCAUUUAGAUAAAAA